ACAUUUGUUUCCUCCGAACACGGUUGUACUUUGCACAAUGUGCUUCCGGCUCCGAGCCACACGUGAACAGUGAAAACAAGACGCCGCCGGAGCCACAGCUGAACCCAAGCCUUUCAGCGCUGUUGAGGGGAGUUUCUCCUGCAGUGUUCACGGGGAGGACAGCAGGAGCAUCGUUCACCAACCCGUCCACCUCUGUUUGAUGCUGUUUUAGACUUCAAACAAGAGUGAAGGAGCAACUAAUAACCCCAAAUUUUAAAUUUACUGAAAGGGCCUACCAGCCUACAGACCUACCAGCUUCAAUAAAAUGUACAAGACGUUUUGAGCCCAGUGCCUCCACUAUUGUGAGUGAACUUUCCAGAAUUAAUCCCGGGGCAGUUAGAGCUUGUACAACAUUUGCUCUUGGCCAAAAUGGAUGGCAAGGUGAAGAAACAGAGGAAGCACCAGCAAAAACAUAGUGGACCCAAAGCCGAGAAGAAGAAGCUGAGGAAGCAGGGCCCCUCCACAGAAGAAGAUGAGCGCAGGCGUAACCCCAAGGCAUUUGGUGUGCAGUCGGCCGUCCGCAUGGCCAAGACUUUCCACAGGGCCCAGGAUAUAAAGACUAAGAAGCACCACAUACCUUUAGUAGACCGCACUCCACUUGAGCCCCCUCCUGUGGUCAUAGUGGUGAUGGGACCCCCCAAAGUGGGCAAAACUACACUGAUUCGAUGUUUGAUCAAGAACUUCACCAGGCAAAAGCUGGGGGAUAUCUGUGGGCCUGUGACUAUUGUUUCAGGGAAGAAGCGUCGGCUCACUUUCAUGGAGUGCACCAAUGACAUCAACACCAUGAUUGAUCUGGCUAAAGUUGCUGACCUAGUAUUGAUGCUCAUAGAUGCCAGCUUUGGUUUUGAGAUGGAGACUUUUGAGUUCCUAAACAUUUGUCAGGUUCAUGGCUUCCCUCGCAUUAUGGGAGUGCUCACUCACCUUGAUGCCUUCAAGAACAACAAGACACUGCGCAAAACCAAAAAGAACCUUAAGCACCGCUUCUGGACUGAAGUCUACCAGGGUGCCAAGCUGUUUUACUUGUCUGGUAUGGUGUACGGGGAGUACCAGACGCAGGAGGUGAAGAAUCUUGGUCGCUUCAUCUCUGUGAUGAAGUUUCGUCCUCUGGUGUGGCAGACAUCCCAUCCUUAUGUCUUAGUAGAUCGGAUGGAAGACCUGACUGACCCCGAGAAGGUCAGGACUGAACCAAAGUGUGACCGAACCAUUUCUCUCUACGGCUACCUGCGAGGGACAUAUCUAAAGAACAAGAGCCACAUUCAUAUUGCUGGAGUAGGGGAUUACCAGGUGUCAGAUGUGAACUUUCUUCCGGACCCCUGCUCGCUGCCAGACGCACAAAAGAAGAGGGCUCUGAAUGAGAAGGAGCGGCUACUGUAUGCCCCCAUGGCAGGAGUGGGGGGCGUGGUCUAUGACAAAGAUGCAGUUUAUGUGGACCUGCCUGCAAGUCAUGUCAAGCAACAACAGGAGGAGGUGCGUCCUACUACAGAGCUUGUCCAGUCUCUUCUUGACACACAUGCCACUUUAGAUGCGAAGAUGGCUGCAAGUAAGGUUUCCCUAUUUAGUGGUUCAGCAACUCUCAACUCUGAGGACUUAGUAGAACAAGAGCGGCUCCAGGAGGAGACUGUGUGGGACGAACAGAAUGGCCGCAGCAGGAGGAGAGUGGUCUUCAAUGACAACCAGGACCAGGCCAGCAGCUCCAGUGAUGAGGAGGAAGAUGAAGAACAAGAUGAGGAAGAGAAGGAGAAGGAUGAGGAAGAUGAUGACAUAAACAAGUUUUUGAGACAGACAAGAGAGGGGAGCGGACCCCCACAGAAGAAACAGAAAGUGGAGCAGGCACCGUCAGAGCUCCCAGCAUUCGCCGACAGCGAGGAUGAGUUGGAGAAGAGUGAGGAGGACUCAGAAGAGGAAGACUCAGAUGAUGAGGAAGACUCAGAAGAAGAAGAUGAGGAACAAGGCUCUGAAGAAGAGGAGGGCUCAGAAGAGGAGCAAGGGGCCUUACGCUGGAAAGAGGACCUCCAGCAGAAAGCAUCAGAAGCUUUUCUGCGACAACAAGAAGCUGCCCCUAAUCUUCGUAAACUGGUGUAUGGUACAGUGGUGGAAGCUGCUGCUGCACAAGAUGGUGAGGUGGAUGAGGAGCUUGGUGGAUUGUUCAGAGUCAGUCGCCCUCAGAACAAUAAAAGAGUCCAGGCCGAUGCUGUGGACUGCUCACGCUUCCAUCCAAAUGCUACUCAAGACUGGGAUUCACAGGAGGUAUUAGACUCUAUCAGGGACUGCUUUGUGACCGGAAAAUGGGAGCAAAGUGAGGAUGCCGCCACUCUGCUCAAAGAGGAUGAGGAGUUGUAUGGCGACUUUGAGGAUUUGGAAACAGGAGAAGUCCAUAAGAACCAGAGUGUAGAGGAAGAGGAACAGGUGGAGAGUAAUAGCGAAGCAGAUGACGAGGAGCAGCCACUGGUGCAGACUGAUGAAGAGGAGCAGAGGAACAAACGUCUGGAGAAGAAGAGACGACUUAAAGAGCGUUUCGACUCAGAGUAUGAUGACGGAGAAGCCACGUACUUGGAUGACCUUAAAGAGGAGAUGCAAAAACAGGCUGAGCUGAACCGUGCCGAGUUUGAGGCGAUGGACGAUGAGACCAGAGUACAGUAUGAAGGCUUCCGACCGGGCAUGUAUGUGCGACUGGAAAUCCCCUCUCUGCCUUGUGAGUUUGUGACCAACUUUGACCCACACUAUCCCAUCAUCCUCGGAGGGCUUAGCUCCAGUGAAGGCAACGUGGGAUACCUACAGAUGCGCCUCAAGAAGCAUCGUUGGUAUGAUCGUAUCCUGAAGACUCGGGACCCCCUGAUCCUGUCCCUGGGCUGGCGGCGCUUCCAGACCAUCCCCUUGUACCACAUCGAGGACCACAACGGGCGCCACCGCCUGCUCAAGUACACUCCACAGCACAUGCACUGUGGGGCCUCCAUCUGGGGACCAGUCACUCCACAGGGAACCGGUUUUAUUGCUCUACAGUCUGUGGCUGGAACAAAGGCUAAUUUUCGUAUUGCAGCCACAGGAGUCAUUUUAGAUGUGGACAAGUCUGUAACUAUAGUGAAGAAGCUCAAACUCCUAGGUUACCCUUACAAGAUUUUCAAAAACACCUGUUUCAUUAAGGGCAUGUUUAACACUGUGCUUGAAGUGGCCAAGUUUGAAGGGGCCUCCAUUCGAACUGUCUCAGGGGUCAGAGGUCAGAUCAAAAAGGCCCUGUCCACUCCCCCUGGAGCCUUUAGGGCUACCUUUGAGGACCGUCUUCUAAUGAGUGACAUAGUUUUCCUGCGCUCCUGGUAUCCAGUGACUGUCCCUCAGUUGUACAACGCCAUCACGAAUUUGCUGCUGCCUGUGGGACAGAAGGAUAGCUGGGCGGGCAUGAGGACCUUGGGCCAGCUCAAACAUGACCUCGGCAUUCGCAAUAAGCCUAACACAGACUCUCUGUACAAGCCUGUUUCGCGUGCUCCCAGACGCUUCAACAAACUCCACAUCCCAAAAGAGCUCCAAAAAGCCCUUCCCUUCAAGAGCAAGCCCAAGCAGCAGCAGCCUAAAGGAAAGACCCCUAGAGACCUCCAGAGGCCUGGUGUGAUUCGGGAACCGCACGAGAGGAAGGUGAUGGCCCUCCUCCAGGCCCUGGGCACAGUUCAUAAUUACAAAACUAAAAAGGCCCAAACAAUGAAACAUGCCAAGCACAAAGAGUUCCUUCAGCAGAAAAACCAGCAGGAGGAAGCCAAAUCCAAGCGGCAGCGGGAGCUGCGCAAGAAAUUGUACAAAGCCAUGGGACAGUCAGAGAAGAAGAGCGCACGCUCAAGUCUAAAGGGCAACACUGAGGACUGAUCUUAUAGUGACAGACAACAAUCUUUGUAUUAUCCACUUUAAAAAAUGUUUUAUUUGUUUUAAAUAAACACCAUUGUCACAUGUAA